AUGAAUUACGAAGAAAAAGAUUUAACUGAAGAACAAAAAAGAAAAAUAGAAUCUAACCAAAGAGAAAUUCAAAGAUUAACCGACAAAAUCACGGAAAUUGGCGAUUCAUUAAGUAAAAAAGAAUACGAGAAAAUUGUAAGAGAAAAAGAACAAUUGGAGAAAGAAAUAAGUGCUUUGGAGAAAGAAAUAAAUGAAAUUUAUUUAGUUUAUCAUGGCGGAAAGGAGUUAAGAGUGUCGUAUGGACAAUUAAAUAAUUUUCUUAGGCAAAUAAAUGUUUAUCUUGCUCGUUUAGAUUGUCCUUUUCCAGAUGACGGGCAAGGAAGCAAAUCAUUUAGCGAUGAUGAAAAGGUACAAUUAAUUACUAGCAUGCUAGGAAAUGAUCUUAAAGGAUAUUCAGUUUUGCUAACACCUUUAGUAUAUCAAGGUCCAUAUUCUUCAUCUUCUCUCUACAAGGAUGUUCAAAAAAUUAUUAACGAUAACAAGCAAACUAAUCAAGCUCGAAUUGAAGAAUAUUUGUUUACACCUCAAAGCAAUAAUGAUGUAAAACUUCCUUUUCUUUUUAUUUUAAGCGGUGUAAUGAAUGUUCCUGGACAAACUCCUAGAAAAAUUGCUUACGAAGAUUAUUAUACAGCAGAUCUUAUUUUUUAUCUCAAGUCUCUUAUUCCCAAGUCUACUCGUGGCAAUGGCAAAGAAAGUAGUCGCAAGUUUGAAGAUCACGUUGCUCAUGGACUUCCAGGAGAGACUGAUUUUAGUGGUUGGAAUUAUUUUGAUGUAGAUCCUAAUGAUUUACCAUACCGAUUUGACAAGAUCGAACCUGGUGUCUUUGGAUUGAUUGAUGUUAUCGAUGACAUUUUUACACCAAAUAUCGUCGCAGCGUUUAACAAUUGUGAAGAAAACAUACUAACAGUACCUGGUUUUGUCGGUAAAAAUAGAACCACAUAUUUUUCAACGUCAAGAUUAAGUGGCUUCCAAGCAGGAGAUUUAACAACUACUUAUAUAGACGACGAAGAAAAAAGAAAAAAACUUCAAGACAAAAAAGAUGAAUUAGCCAAACUUCAAGUUGAUUAUUUUGAAGGCAAUAGAGCAACUGCCUUAGCAGAACAAGCUUUAUGUGAAAGAAAAAUUCUUGAACUACAAAAAGAAAUUAGAAAUAUAACUGGUGAUAACGAAAAAAAUUUACGAAUUCAGGCUACUAAAAGUUCCGAGGGACUAAUCAGAGAUGUGAGUGCCAAGAGAAAAAGACAUUGGGAACAUUACGAGAAUUAUGCUAAACUUAUUGGAAAAUUAAAUGAAGUAGUAAGGGAACCCUUGACUAAAAUCCGAGAAGGCUACAAAAUUUAUGAUAACGAAAGCACUACUGAACCCGGAAUUAAGCAAAAAACUAUCAAACAAAAAAGUAGAUUGGCAGAACUUUAUACCAACGCUAACGCUGCUAAGGAAAUGUUAAAAAAUUUGGAUGAACUGGAUAAAGAAAUUGUCUUAAGUGAAUUUGACGCCAAAGCUCGUAAAAUGAUUGCCGAUUCUGACAUCACUGCGAAGAACCUUGAAGCCACCCUCAAAGAAAUUUUGGGGAGCAAAUAUCGCUCAACACAUUUGAGUAUCUGGCAAAGAGCCGGUUACGGGGAAGGAAACAAAUUUCACGACUUAAUUACUUACAAAACUGAUUUACGCACUGACACAGAUUUCGAAACUUGGAAAAAAGGCACUGAUCAAGGAGCCAAAACUUGUCAGCAAGACAUAGAUUAUUUUUCUGACAUUACCGGCGGAGAUGGUAAAACAGGUGAUAAAGUCUUGAAUGAUUUUGUUAAAAGUCUUGCCCGUGGCAGAGGGGAAAUUAUGGGCUUGUCUACUAGCGACAACGGAAUGGACGAGGAAUUUCUGAAAGAUAAGGACCCAAAGAAAGUUUGGGACACUGAUCCGAAAAAAUUACACGCCGAAGUUCGCAAUCACCAAAUUGCUAAGGAAGGAAUAACUAACGCCGAAGAACUGAAAAAAAUUACGGCGAAAGAAAAAGAUAAAUUAGAAAAAGUAAUUGACCUUUACAAGGACUUGAUUGACCACGACCUUGCUACCGAUGAACAAAAAAUUUUCUAUCAGCAACUGACUGCUCACAAUGCUACUUUGCAAGAAACGAAAACUCCUCCUCCAAGUGAUGAAAAGCCAGGAAAAGAGGAAGAAGGUGACAAAGGUGGUGACAAAGGUGGUGACAAAGGUGGUGACAAAGGUGGUGACAAAGGUGAAGCACAAGCCCAGCCUGAUAAGGAAUGGUACAAAAAAGGCGGUUAUGCCAUAUUUUGGGCUCCGAUCGCUGCCUUACUCUUGAUUGGUGGUCUAGCAUUAGCUAUUGCUGUUGCCAUUUUAUGGUUAAUGCCGAAAAUCAUUGCUAAACUAGGCACUAAGGAUCAUUUAGAUACUAAUGGAGUUCUUAAAGAGAAAUUACCUUAUGAUGCCCAAAUACGCUUGGACUAUAUUAAAUGA